AUGCAGGAAGAUUCGUCUGAUUCGAACGGCGAGGGCGGUACGUUGAUCGCUAAUGAAUACGCAUCCAACACGACCAAGCGACAGGUGUAUUUGGAAUUUUCCGAGUUCAGUCCGGCGCAGAUACGAAAGAUCGAAGAUAUUUUCAACCAGUAUGAUUCAAACAAAGAUGGAUAUUUGUGUCGGAAUGAAUUGAAACGAAUGAUGAUCAAACGUCGAGUUCCAUGGACUGAAAACUCAUUAAAUCAACUGAUCGAUGAUGUGGAUAAAGACAAAGAUGGAAAAUUGACUUUUAGAGAAUUUGUUAUGACAAACCGUAAAACUUUGGAGUACUGUCAACGUGCAUUGGCCAAACAAGAAAAAGUAGACUUUAACAAAGUUGGUAUAAAAGGUGUAAGAGACUUCUUCGAGGCAAAGGCUAAGUAUUCCAAAUAAACAGUACUGCAGUUUUAGAAAAAUGUAUUGAAAGAAAUGUCUAAUUUACCAGUACCAGUGAAUAUAAUAUUUAAAAGCUAUACAUUUGAUUAUUAUCAACAUAUCAUUUUUGAAAUAAUAUUAUUCAUAUUUAUCAAAUAAUGUUGUAAUAAUAUACUACAUCCAAGAUUUCUACAAAUUAUUAUGUACAUUCAAAAAGAUUAGUUGUGAACACUAACAAAACAUGAACAGACGAUGUAAAGUAAAAUCUGUAUAAAUUACCUUUCACUUUAUCAUUGCGCUUCCAUUAUUGUUUUAUGUCAAGGUAUGUCUUACAUAUAAUAUGUAAUAUUUUGAAUUUUACAAAAUCAUCUUCCAAAAAAAUUGGUUAAACACAUUAAUAAAC